CUUCAUCACAUCUUCAUUCAUUCAUUCACCUUCCUCUUCUCUCUUCAUUCUUUCAUCAUCUAAACCCUAAAUUCAGCUUUCACUUCUCACACCCAAACACAAUUCAGCUUUGUUUCCUCAGGGUGUGAAAAGCUUUCUUGGGGGUUCAAUUUUGCAUCUGAAACUCUUCUAUAUUGUUUCAUUCUUUGGAUAUUUUACCUUCUCUCCCCUGGUGGUGGGAGAAAGGCAUGCGCAUAGGAGUGAUGGUGAUGAUGACUCAAACUUUGAAAACAAAAAUGUCAUCCUAUGAUGACCAUGACAAGAAUUUGCGCCUCUCUACCUUGCCCACUGUUAGACCUGGAAGCUGUCAAUGGCGCCAAAGAUGCACUGGGGAUUGGAAAGUAGCCCCCGCUAUUUCCCUUGGAAUAACUGCUUUCAUCAUCACCAUUCAAAAGGAAAAUCUCCACCUUCUCUACAAUAUGGAACCAAGGGAGGUCUUCACAAUGGUAGCAGUACUGAUGACCAGGAAGGCUUGUCACUUAAACAUAUUGUGUUUGGCAUAGCAGGAUCUUCUCAACUUUGGACACGACGAAAAGAAUAUGUCAGACUAUGGUGGCGUCCCAAUGACAUGCGUGGGCAUGUUUGGCUAGAUGAACAAGUACUUCAACAACAUGGAGAUGAUUUAUUGCCCCCAACCAUGAUUUCUGAAGACAUCUCACACUUUCGCUACACUAAUCCCACUGGUCAUCCUUCUGGUCUUCGGAUUUCUCGCAUUGUCAAAGAGAGCUUUGACCUUGGCCUCUCAAAUGUGCGCUGGUUUGUCCUCUGUGAUGACGAUACCAUCUUCAAUGUGGAUAACCUUGUGGAUGUUCUCAGCAAGUAUGAUUCCUCUGAAAUGAUCUAUAUAGGAAGCCCCUCGGAGAGCCAUUCAGCAAAUUCAUAUUUUAGUCACUCAAUGGCCUUUGGUGGUGGCGGAAUUGCAGUAAGUUAUCCUCUUGCAAAGGCACUUUCUGAGAUUCUUGAUGAAUGCAUAGAGAGGUAUCCCAAACUCUAUGGUAGUGAUGACCGCUUACACGCCUGCAUUACUGAGCUUGGAAUUCCAUUGACAUGGGAGCAUGGUUUUCACCAGUGGGACAUAAGAGGUGAUGCCCGUGGUCUGCUCUCCUCUCACCCGAUAGCACCAUUUGUGUCUAUUCAUCAUGUUGAAGCUGUUAAUCCCUUUUACCCUGGCUUGAGCUCUUUGGAUAGCCUGAAACUUUUUACAAAGGCCAUGAGAGCAGAUCCCAGAAGCUUCUUGCAGCGUUCAAUAUGUUACGACAAUUCUCAGCAUCUAACGUUCUCAGUUUCACUCGGUUAUGGGGUUCAAGUCCUUCCUAACAUUGUAUCUCCCCGUGAGCUGGAGCGCUCGGAACGAACUUACUCUGCUUGGAAUGGCAUUAGUCAAAGGAAUGAAUUCGACUUUGAUGCUAGGGACCCAUCCAGAUCCAUUUGUAGAAAACCAGUUCUCUUCUUUCUCAAAGAUGCUAGAAAAGAAGGUAAUGCUACUUUGGGCUCAUAUGUUCGGAGUGGAGAUAAAGACGAUUUCAAAAGAAGAAUUUUGUGCUUUCCUCACAUCCCACCUUUGCGCAAUGUGCAAGAGAUCCAGGUAGUGGCGCAUCCUUUGAGCAAGAAUUGGCAUCUGGUUCCACGUCGACUCUGUUGCAGGCAAACCAAAUCAAGCAAAGAACUUCUCCAAAUCUCAGUUGGGCAGUGUGGGAAGGGAGCUUGAUUUUCUAGGUGGGUUUUUGGGACAUAUGGCAUGUUAAAUUAUCCUCAUAUAGAGUUUGUACAUGAUUUGCAUUUUGAGUGAAGAGCUAAUUCCAUGCGGCAUCUUUUUUAAUCUUGAAUUGAGGUUUAUUAAACUUAGUAGACAUUUGAACCUAGAUGCUAGAAAAAAAAGGUUUCUAACACCAAAUGCUGCAGUGUCCAAUUUUCCCCCGUUUCUUCUUAUUUUGUCCUCAAUCAAAGGUCUAAAAAUAAUGGAAACAGUUUACCGGGGAUACUACAAUCUAGGUAAAUCCUACUUUCUCUUUUUAACUUUUAAUUUUAAAAUUAGCACAGGCUCAUUUAUUAUAUACUAUUGCAGAUUUGAGAUGAUUACAUAUUUUGUGAAAUUCUUCAUAUACAUGAGUAGAGUAAUCUCUAACACCCCCCUCCUGUUUUUCAAAUUAUUAGAUAUAACUAUCACUAUCAACAUUU